GUCACCUGUCCUGGGAAAGCAGAAUACCACGUCCUUCAGAAACUAUCCUGAUCUAGCCAGAAGAGCGUCACUGGUCACUAUGACAUCCACCAUCUCAAUGAGGAGCUACUCUGCCACCCGCCAGCCAUCUUUUUCCAGCAUGUCUGUCCGAGACAGCAGUCUCACACGCUCCAGGGCACCCAUCUCCUCCUCCUUGGCUGGUACCCUCUCCCUGUCCCGCUCACUGUCCGUGGGCAAUGGACUCAAUGCCGUGGGUAACCUGUCACUCAAUGGGUUGGGGGGUGGGGCAAGUGACAAGGAGACCAUGCAAGGUCUCAAUGACCGUCUGGCCAGCUACCUGAGCAAGGUACGCUCACUGGAGAAGUCCAACAAUGAUCUGGAGCAGAAAAUCAAGCAACUGAUGCUGGAACGGACCCCCAAAGGACAUGACAUUGAGGGCAUGAUGGCACAGGCACAUGCGAUUGGAAAUGAGGUGAGAAAAAGAACCCUUGAGAAUGCUCGCAUCAUGCUAGAGAUUGACAACGCCAAGCUGGCUGCAGAUGACUUCAGAGUGAAGUGGGAAACUGAGAUGGCGCUGUGCCAGUCAGUGGAAAGAGACUGCGUGGCCCUGAGGAGGGCAAAGACAGACCAUGACCAGAUCAUCGCCACUUUGAAGGGAGACCUUGACAGCCUGAAGGAGGAGCUCUACUUCUUGAAGAAGAACCAUGAGGAUGAAAAGGCAGCUCUAAAGGCUCGUCUUGCCAAUGAACAAGUCAACGUGGAGGUGGACGCAGCCCAGGGGCCAGAUCUGGGGGCCGUCUUGGCUGACUUGAGGCUCCAGUAUGAGGGCAUCGCUCGCAAGAACAAGGAAGAGGCCGAAGUGUGGUACCAAAAAAAGCUGGAGACGGUGCAGUCAGAGGUGAAGGAGAACAACGAGGCCCUGCAGGUUGCCCAGAGCGAGCUCAGCGAGAGACGACGCUUCCUGCAGGCCCUAGAGGUGGAGCUGGACAGCCUACGGAAACAGGUGAGUGUGCUGGAGGGCAACCUGGUGGAGGUGAACCACAAGUACGUUGUGGAGAUGGAGCGGCUGCAGGCCAACCUGGCCCAGCUGGAGGAUGAGCUGUCGCAGCUGCGUCUCGACAUGCAGCGCAACAAGACUGACUAUGAACAGCUGCUUCGUGUCAAGCAGAGCCUGGAGCUGGAGAUCGCCACCUACAGGAGGCUGCUGGAGGGAGAGGAAGUAGUUAAGGAAACACCUCCCCCUAAAAAGGAGACUGAGGUGAAGACAAGGAAGAUUGUUAAGGUCGUCACCCAGACUAUGAUCAACGGAAAAGUGGUUGACGAGUCCAGCGAAGUGGAGCAGUUUGAGGAGCAGAAGUAGCAACACCCAACUGAGAUUGAUCUUCACCUCUGGGUUUUGUUGAAAAGAACAACCAUACCCCCCCACUGAUGAGGUUCUGCACUCCUUUGUAGAGAUUUAGGAUGUUCUACAGCCCAGUGGUUUUUCUCUUGUUCUGUCUACAGAUUUCAGAUACUCUACAGCCUGACUGAAGAAAAUUUUCCAGCUUGGGUAUAUGUUAGAAAAUGAAAAAUAAUUGAAAACAUAA